AUGACCAAGAAAAGAUUUUCCACCAUUAUUGCCAAACCAGUGGCAAACCUCUUCAUCAGAACGCUGUAUACUUGCGGUGUGGAUGAUUGUUUCUCAACUUUUGUGGUUGAAGAUUCCAAGAGUUUAUAUUUCCAACAUUACGAUACCCAUACUUCGGAUAACCAUCCUUCGGAUUCCCAUCCUUCGGAUUCCCAUCCUUCGGAUUCCCAUCCUUCGGAUUCCCAUCCUUCGGAUUCCCAUCCUUCGGAUUCCCAUCCUUCGGAUUCCCAUCCUUCGGAUUCCCAUCCUUCGGAUUCCCAUCCUUCGGAUUCCCAUCCUUCGGAUUCCCAUCCUUCGAAUUCCCAUCUUUCGGAUUCCCAUCCUUCAGAUUCCCAUCCUUCGGAUUCCCAUCCUUCGGAUUCCCAUCCUUCGGAUUCCCAUCCUUCGGAUUCCCAUCCUUCGGAUUCCCAUCCUUCGAAUUCCCAUCUUUCGGAUUCCCAUCCUUCAGAUUCCCAUCCUUCGGAUUCCCAUCCUUCGGAUUCCCAUCCUUCGGAUUCCCAUCCUUCGGAUUCCCAUCCUUCGGAUUCCCAUCCUUCGGAUUCCCAUCUCACGGAUUUCCAUCCUUCGGAUUCCCAUCCUUCCGGUUCCCAUCCUUCGGAAUCCCGACAUUCAGAUUCCCAUCCUUCGGAAUCCCAUCCUUCGGAUUCCCAUUCCUUGGAUUCUCCUCCUUCGGAUUCCCAUCCUUCGGAUUCCCAUCCUUCGAAUUCCCAUCUUUCGGAUUCCCAUCCUUCAGAUUCCCAUCCUUCGGAUUCCCAUCCUUCGGAUUCCCAUCCUUCGGAUUCCCAUCCUUUGGAUUCCCAUCCUUCGGAUUCCCAUCCUUCGGAUUCCCAUCCUUCGGAUUCCCAUCUCACGGAUUUCCAUCCUUCGGAUUCCCAUCCUUCCGGUUCCCAUCCUUCGGAAUCCCGACAUUCAGAUUCCCAUCCUUCGGAAUCCCAUCCUUCGGAUUCCCAUUCCUUGGAUUCUCCUCCUUCGGAUUCCCAAUCCAUCGGAUUCCCAUCCUUCUGA